UGGGGAUAUAUGUAUGGUACAGAAUAUGACUCCGUUCCGCAGCCAAUAAAGGAUUACAAAGUACCAUGUGCUGUAUGUCGAACUAGUCAGUUUUCUACAGUAUUAAUGAUACCAGCUAGAACAGAAUGUUAUCAAGGCUGGCAGAAAGCAUACCAUGGGGAGUUAGUCAGUGGAUAUUAUAAGCAUAAAGCAUCUUCACAAUAUGUCUGUCUAGAUGAGAAACCACAUACGAAUAGUUCUGUAACUGACUAUGAUGGUAAAUUAAUGUACUCGGUGCAAGCAAAAUGUGGAGCACUACCAUGUCCUCCUUAUGAGGAAAACGCUCUUUUAACGUGUGUUGUCUGUUUGAAGUAG